GGCGCGACCACGGACCGGCCUUCAGUGGAAUAAAGAGGUCCUAAUAGUAGUUUUCGCUAACAAAGCAGGCUCCAAAAUGUCGGGAGAGGUGUAUCUCCUGUGGCUCCUGUCGCUGUUACAGACGCUGUCGGCAUACGGUGCCGAUCUUUCGUCUGAGGCUUGCAGGGAGCUGGGUUUCUCCAGCAACCUGCUGUGCAGUUCCUGUGACCUGCUAGGGGAGUUCAGCCUCGCCAAGCUCCAGCCUAAUUGUCGGCAGUGCUGCCAGCAGGAGGCCCAGAUGGACGGGCGCAAGCUCUACGCUGGAGCCAUCCUCGAGGUGUGUGGAUGAAAACUGGGGAGGUUCCCUCAAGUCCAAGCUUUUGUUAGGAGUGAGAAGCCAAAGAUGUUCAAGGGUCUUCAGAUCAAGUACGUCAGAGGCUCAGAUCCUGUACUAAAGCUUUUGGAUGACAACGGGAACAUUGCUGAAGAACUCAGCAUCCUCAAGUGGAACACAGACAGCGUGGAGGAGUUCCUGAGCGAAAAGUUGGACCGAAUAUAGACACGAGUUUUAUUUUUUUUGUUUUUGUGUUUUUAUAAUUUGGAAGACUCAGUUUCCCCAGAUUACAAAUAAUGAUUUAUUCACUGCUUGUAGUUGAAUCUAGCUGUGCAGAUAGUUUCUCUGUGAGGUCUGUGCCUCCACCUUCAGGUGAGAGGGAUUUUGUUUGUGGUCCUCCGACACAUUCGUACAAAUAGCCAUCCAUAACUCGUCUGUGAUCAGGCUGCUGCUGUAACAGGUGAACUGUUGCAGCUGUUAAUCUGAUUUCCCACGUUUUAGUCACCACAAAUGAAAUCUAGUGCAGCUCUGUUUUAUUAGCUCGUGGCAGAAAAACUCAGGAGACAUGAAAAAUUCAUCCAAAUCUCUCGCCGUGGUUGGGGAUUACUAGAGGAGUGAGCAGAUAUGAUUUGUAUUUUGUGUGAACUGAGAUGUCUUAGUUAUUUACCAAUUUGUACACAACUUGGCCUUGAUAGAUGGUUUCUGAAUCUCUGAUCUGUACGAAUGUUUGUUUUUUGUUUUGUUUUUUUGUAUCUGAAAAUCACGAGUCAUCUGGAUCUCACCAAACUGCUCACGUGAGAGUGUUCAACAGGAUAAUGUGAGCUUCAGUUCAGUUUUACUCAUUAAGUACUGAUCACACAUUUAGGUUUGAAACGACCUUGGACAUAAUGAACUGUAUUGUCUGUAUGUGGGACUUCCUGUUCCCGUGUGUUUGAUAUUCUUGUAUCAUUUUUAAUUUUUUUUUUUUUUUUUUCUGAAUAAUGCUCAGCAUUGCGACUGAUCGCAUCUGUAGUCGGAGCGAACAAAUUCUAGGUCCUCUCCAAAUGCAGAUGUCUUUGCAGAGGCACACGUUAGUGAAGAGCUCACAGGAAACCAGUUUUGGGAUGUGAGAUCUGAUGUAAAUUUGUGUUUUUCUGCACCAUCUGCUUUGAAGAGAAACUGCAUUUGUUUUUGGAAAGCUUUUUAUGUCCAGGUGAUGGGUCGAAAUAUGCAACAAUAAACAGUCACUGAUGA